AUAACAAGGUUAAACAUAAACUUAAAAGAUAAACAGGAUGUUAUGUACAUAUAACAUAUCUAUACUUAUCUACUUAUUGUUUUUAAGAAGACACAUAGUAACUGUUUCCUUGCAUAUACAUCAUGAUGUUGUUCACAAAGCUUCUGGGUUUAAUAAUCUUAGCAGCUGAUGUUUUGGGAGACGUUCAUCCUGUGAUCAGGGAUCGCAGACAAGUUGAUAGCUGCAGCGAAAUGCCAACUUUUGGAGAAAGACGACGCUGUGCGGUUAAAGACGGCGUUAACCAAUUGUUAAAGAAAAGAGAUGAAGAUUGGUCCUGGGGAGAACUUGUACAAGCCGAGGCAAUAAUUGCACUUCACUUAGCAAAGUACAGAGUAUUCAAGAAGACAAAGGCAUUUUUAUACAUCAGUGUAAAACAGAUGAAUAUAGAUCUGUUAUCCGCUUUAUCCAAAGACAAUUCUUUGGCCAGUAAGGUGUGGGGACGUGGCAAGCUUGCAUAUUAUGUAUUAGGAAUGAAAGCGACUUGUCAGGACCCAAGAGAUUUUUAUGGCCAUGACCUGAUAGACAAACUCAAAAGCCAUUUAACAGUGUCAUCCAGUUACCUUGAAAGUAAUAAAUUUGCCUAUUCGUUGAUUCUUAUAGCUUUGUGUAAAGCUGGGGAGUCUAUAGAUACUCAAAACUUAGACGCCAUAUCAACAACCCCAGGAUAUUACACAUUUGGUGUUGAUGAAGCCUCUUUGGUAUACAUGGCCUAUCAUUGUGUUGGUAAUCCAUCAUACAAGAAUGCAGAAAACGCAGCGUUCAAUUUUAUUCUCCAAGCCAAGAAUGAAAAUGGAACCUUUGGAAAUGAGUACUCAACUGCUCUAGCUGUGCAGGCAAUAUUUGCAAGUGGAAAUAGGACAUUAAGACGACAGGCUAAGACUGGAAUAGAGUAUAUGAUUGAUUCAAUAGAAGGGAGCAAGGGUCCAUUUACGUCUCUACUGCUAUCAGUGUUACCAGCGAUAGCAAGAAAAUCUCUUCUAGAUAUUGGAUUAUGGCAAUGUCCAUCAACAGGACAAGGCACUACAACUCCUUCGACGCCAACCUUUCUUAUUGGAAUAACUGUAUUCAAUAACAUAACCGCCAAUGACUACGAUCAAACUUGGUCAGCUCCUCUACAACAAGGACAAACUUUGUUUGAUGCUCUUGUUAAUCUUAACAAUACAGAUAUGACAUUUAGUUUCAAAAGCAAAACUACAACAUGGGGUCAAUAUAUCACUACUAUCAACCUAAUGACAGCGUCAACUGACAACAGACAGUACUGGCAAAUAUUAGGAACAGACGGUAAUCCGUUGCAGUAUGGAGCAAGUCAAACAUUUCCAAGCCAGGGUGAUAGAUACACCUUCAAAUUUACCAUAUGGUGAAAAAAAUGUGACAGAAUUGCUUUCCAUGCAUUUUCUGGCACAACUGUUUAAGAAGGUGUUGUCAAAUAUGAAGGUCUAUAUUUGGAUGUUUAUUUACCAUCCUAAUAAAUAAUGCAACACUUAA